AUGGUAGUCCAGGAGCGCCAUCUAUGGCUGAACCUGGCUGAGAUGCAGGACGCCAACAAAGUUCGCUUUACUCCCUGUCAGUUCCGAUGCUUUUCUUCACCACAGACCAAGAGAAGCUAUGCUGCACCACAGAGGGGUCGGGCUUAUCAGUACAAGGUUCCCUUCGGGCUGUCCCUGUCUCCCCACAUAUUCACAAAAGCUGCGGAGGGUGCUCUGUCUCCAUUACGGGAGAAGAUCAGCUGGGGCUUGAAAAAGAACAAGCUCUUCCCUGUGCAGAGCAUCUCUUUUCUCAGUAUGGAGUUGGGCUCGGUCAAUGUGACGGCACGUCUCACAAGGAAGCGUGCCCAAGAAAGGAAAUUGAAUGGAAUAACACUAAUUGUCAUUGUUGUGUUUAGGUAUAUGGCCAUCGUUCAUCCCUUGAGGCCCAGAAUGAAGCACCAGACCGCAUACUGUCUCAUAACUGGGGUGUGGAUCGUCUCAGUGCUCAUUUCCAUUCCCUCUGCCUACUUCGCGUCCGCAACCAAAGUCCCCAAUGGAGCAAACCGCAGCAAGACCUUCUGCGCCCAGAUCUGGACGGUGGACCAGCAGCUGUAUUAUCGCUCAUAUUACCUGUUUAUCUUCGCCGUGGAGUUUGUGGGCCCAGUGCUCACCAUGGCCCUGUGCUAUCUGCGCAUCUCCAGAGAGCUCUGGUUCAAGAGUGUGCCAGGUUUCCAAACGGAGCAAAUCCGCAAACGCCUGCGCUGCCGGAGGAAGACUGUUAUGGUGCUGAUAGGCAUUCUCACAGCGUACAUCCUCUGCUGGGCUCCGUACUACGGCUACACCCUCCUGCGCGAUUUCUACCCCACGCUCAUCUCCCGAGAGAGGAACUCCCUGGUGGCUUUCUACAUUAUCGAGUGCAUCGCCAUGAGCAACAGCAUGAUCAACACGUUCUGCUUCGUCAGUGUAAAGAACAACACUGUCAAAUAUUUCAAAAGGAUCGUUCUCCUUCGCUGGAAAUCCACCUACACCUCCAGGAAGAGCGCAGAUGAGUCAGACAUCAAUCCCCAACUCACCGAAUGUAGAAAGGGAGCCGAGCUGAGUGGUAUUCACGUCACCCAUAUUACAGAUGAUUAAAGUGAACUGAUAAUGCUGCUUAUGGGCACUG